UGGAACGCGGCAGUUGACGAGCAGGCCAUGCAUCGGCUCCACCGCAUCGGGCAGACGCGCCCAGUGAGCAUCAUCCGCUACAUGUGGCAAGGGACCGUUGAGCAGAAGAUCAUGGAGAUGCAGGAGAAGAAAGAUUGGCUGGGGAAGGCGCCGAUGAUGAGGAUGGAAGCCGACGAGCUGCUGGAAAUGCGCCUGCGGCUGUUCAGGACGCUAUUCGUUAGAUAG